AUGUUUUCCAAAAUCAAGAACAGAAAGGCCCCCCUUUCGCUCAACUCGGUCACUAACGCCAUCAAGACCCAUGGAAGCCAGGACCUCUCGCCAAAUGACUUCCAAUCCAAAAAUCUCGACCUUUCCGUCAUCACCCAGUUGGGACUCCCCAAGAACCUGAUCCUUGCAACCGCCUAUGACCCCGUCCAGUCGCUUCUAGCCAUCUCCACCACCAGCAACGAGAUCAGAGUGUAUGGGCUGCAGAACGUGGAGGUGGUGUUUGAGUUUAAGUCGUCGUCUCCCAUCACUCACCUUGCUUUUGUCAAGGGCGUCUAUUUGGUGGGAAUCUCGUCUAGCUCUGGCAAUGUCACUGUACUUUCACUUCACUCCAAGCAGAUUCUUCAAACAUAUCUGGCGUCCUCAGCUAUCACUGCCAUUGCAUCGGAUCCGUCGUUGGACUGGUUGGUGUUGGGAUUGGCCAAUGGUUCGUUGCAUUUCUUUGAUGUGGACAGGUUAGCACUGGCUCCAUUCAGAGUGGACAAUUUGCAGAAGAAGGUAUUGCCCAAGCAGAAGUUGUCGCCUGUGGUGUCUAUCGAAUGGCAUCCAAGAGAUAUUGGCAGCUUGUUGGUGACAUACUCACAUUGCUCGGUGUUGUACUCCAUUUCCGGAGGUGAUAUCACCAACUCCUUCAUCUACCAGGUCCCAAAAGGGUCCAGGGGCUACGAGUACUCUCAGUAUGUGGCUAAUGGCGGUAAGAAGAAGCUUUUCGGCUCUUCGAGCCCAGUUUUGAGUGAGGUCAUUGGUGCCCAAUUCCACCCAAAUGGGCUCCAUGUCCUUACUGUUCAUCAAGACUCUACAUUGGUGUUCUGGGAUACCAGUGAUGCUACACUUAUAGAGGCCAGAAACCUCUUUGAUCUCCACUUGCAAUUGCCAGGGCCCCCCAUAGACCCUCCAUUGUUCCAAAUAUCCAGUGUUAGGUGGGUUUGCGCUGCCAAUCCAGAACGCACGCAGUUGGUCAUAAGUGGUUCAUCGUCUGUAGACGGUUCUGGUAACACUCUUCACGUCAUCGACUUUGACCAUACCUUGAAAUACUCCAUGACAUCCCAUGCAAAACAGGCAGAAUUCUACUCCCAGCCUCAAAAUGGCCAAAAAAUUAUUCCAAUCACUCUUAACGAAGGCAAUGACAAUCCAGAGGUGCCUGAGUUCAUUGAUCUGAUUUUACCAUUGUCUGUAGGCCCAAAUCCUUAUUUUGGUGGAAACCAUGACCCCAAAUACUUGCUCCUCAAGAGUAACUACAGAUCGAUUUACUUCAUCAAGUACGGUUCAAGCGACUUGCCACCAGGUGUCAUUCCUACUGCGACUGGUGGUGCCAUCAGUAACGAUUUAGGUAAUCUUAUUUUGCCUAUGUCCAUUGGUUUUGUCCAUCCACCCAUUCUGUUCUCCAGUCUCAACUCAAUCCGGAGGAUUGACUGGUUCAGUAUUAUUACUUCAAGAGCAUCCACUGGUGCAAGCUCUGUGAACCAAUCCUUGCUCAAAGGUGGUUUUGCCAUUGCUCACGUUGGGGAUGUCAAGUCCAUUGGUGCCAAUGAUGGUGAGAGAGACAUUCUUAUUACUGGGCACGAAAAUGGUCUUGUGAGAUUACAAGACGUUUCAAGAGGUGAAAAUGCUAAUAUGGAAAAUAUUGUCCAAAUCAGUUUGAAAGAGACCUUAUUCGACGAUGGUAAAAAGCAAUCCACUAGAAUCGAAGCUGUCUCCUGUUCCUUCGAAAGCAGAGAAAUGAUCGUGGGAUUAGGAAAUGGUGAUGUUGUCAUCUGUAAAUAUGGUAAGAGAAGAGCACCUGGCCAGGGUCAAUCGGGAAAUAGCGACUACAGAGACUGUCCAUUGCAACAUUCAAAUGGCAAUGCCAAGAUCCUUAGUCUCAAUGACCGAAUUCAGGGAACAUUCUCUCAAUCUGCAACAUUUUUACCAGUUAGCCUUGUUCAAGUUGAAGCUGAAGAAGAAAUCUCGUGCUUGAAAAUGAGUAACGUGGGAUUUGGUGCAAUUGCCUACAAAUCUGGAAGGUUAGUGGUGUGUGAUAUCACCAGAGGACCUGCAAUCAUCCUUAACCUUGACUCCAUUUCGAAACACCUCCCGUCCGUGAGUGGACAAUGUUACGCCACCACGAUGGAAUUUUCCAUUAUGGAAUUCGGCCAAGAGGGUUUCUCGUCGAUCCUUUUAUUUGUUGGAACCAAUUGUGGAGGUAAUUUGAUUAUUUUCAAGAUUUUGCCUCAGAGCAAUGGUGGAUUCGAGGUUGUUUUCGCUGACAAAACCCUUGGUUUGAACUACCGCCUGACUUCUGAAGAUCCUACUGCCUCUAAGUUGGAUGAUCUUAUUCCAAUUUCAGCAAAGGAUGGCAGAUCUGCUGUGGCGACCCUCGAAACAUUCCACAAGCUUGGCCAAGGUAUCUUGAUUCCAGGCUACUUGAUAACCAGCUCUAAGAGAGAUUUGAGAGUGUUGAAAUUGCCUAAAACUAAAUUGUCCCAUAAGGUAAUCGAAGACGGAUGUGUAAGAUCUGGGAUUGUUGAGUUGGCACUGGGUAAGAUCCUUCUUGCCAGCAUUGUUAAGACUGGAUUUAUCAAAUUUUGCUCGGUUCCAGCACUCAACGAUGUUGCCGAAAUCAAGUUUUCUAAGGAUCUCUAUGUUAAAUUGAAGAGUGCACUCGAAUCAGAGGUUGCUGAGGGCUCGAAGAUAUUGCCAAGCGGUAAUUUCUUCAUUAAAACUAGUUUCACUGAAUCCAUUCACUUGAGAGCUUGUCAGAAGGAGAGUAGACUUCGGUCAUCAAAGGGUCCACUUACCGACCAAUUGUUUAAUGAGAAUGCUAUAAUACCUCAGCGUCCAACAGCUGGAGCAUUGCUGUGGGCCAAGGGACAAACUAAAUAUACUAGUGUGGAGGAUUUGGCAUUUUUGAUUGGAGGUCCAAACAGAAAGCCUGCUAAGCAUGAAGAAAGCAGAUUGGCACACAACAUCAGCCCCGAGGCUAAUCCUCAAGGGGGGUAUGCUGAGCUGGGUGGUCAAAACGAACGGGGUUACAAGGAGCCUCAGCGUAAAAAUGGACCCCAAGGAUACGGCAUAGGAAAUGCCGGGUUCAUGAGAUCUUUACAAACUGGUAUUGACUCGGUUGAAGAGAGUUUCCAUGGCUAUGCCAGUAAUGUCAGCGAAGCGAUGAACGAAGGGCUUGAUUCGGGAAAGAAGUCGUUCUAUGGAGCGGCCAUUAAGAGCAAGUUAGGAAUUUAGGUAGAAUUAGAUGAAUUUAAGUCACGAACAAGGCAUCUAUAACGGGAUAAUUAUUUCUUGGACAAGUCGAACAUCUUGUAUUCAAGACAGUUUAAAAAAGCUUUGAAACCAUUCAUAACCGCAAACACAGAAAUUCUAUGUCAUAGAAUAUCAGUGGGCAGUUUCGUCUUUUAUUUGGUGGUUUGGGGUGUAUAAAGGCAUAGAUUUGAAAAACAUAUACGUAUCAAAGUGAGAAGAUGGUUGCGCUAACAAGGCUGAAUUCAGUAAAAAAAUUCUGAACCUUUAAAACUCGAUGUAUUCAAUAAAUUCCU